GAAUUAUUCCGGUUGCUAUGGCAACCGUGUUGGCUUCCUUGAUGCCGUCAACAAUGUUAGGCGUUUGUUUACAAGAUGCGAAGAAUUUCACCUAGAAAUAAGGAAAGAUAAAGGUAGAGUUUCAUGGGAAAAAUGAUGGAAGAUGUGAAUGCUGAAUGCAAGAAGUUUUGCACAGAAUGGGCAGACUUCCAGAAGGUGACACGAGUACUGAUAAAAGCCCUGAGAAGGAUUCAUCACGGCAUAAGAGCAGAACAUGCAAAACUCAGAGGUGAAAUUAAAACAGCAGGUAUUCGAGCAAAAAUCCUGGGAAGGCAUGAGGUUGCAUUCAAGAAAGUGAUUGUGGGUCUGAAUGACUAUGCAGAAAAUUUCUUGGAAAUGGAAAAGCAAUACAGGGAACUCUCUAAAAACAACAUCAAAUAUUGUAAAAUUCAGUUUGCUCGUGUAUCUGAAAGACAUGUGCAGGUGACAGUGCAAAGGGAUACUGUUCUGUAUAGUGUUGAGUGCAUCAUCAGGGCUCAAUUAAGGAUUAUUGCUGGAAAUUUCAAUGAAAGUUCAGAUACACUGCAGGAUGCUGGCAUAUUUGAAACUAUUGGAGUUUAUAAUGAAAUGCUUAUAAAGUUGAAGAAAAAUCUUCCUCCUUCCCCAGAGGAAGAAGAAGAAUAUGAAGAUGAAGAAGAAGAAGAGAAUCGUGAUAUGUACAAACAUGUGGUUCCUGAAAACUUGGUUCCUCCUCUUUCGUGUUUAAAGCAAAUGACUGUCAAAAUCCUUCAGAUUAUAGGUCGAGAAAGAGCUCCACAAGUCACAAGGUGCAUAGCUGACACAUUGAUGUUAGAAUAUGAAAUGCCAUCAGAAAAUGGAACAUUAUUGCCUUGGAAACCUAUAAAUUAUAAUAGCAUUCCAAGAGUGGCUCGUGGAGAUAUAUUUGAAGAUGCGAUAGCUAAGGAGGAGGAUGAAAAUAAGCUCAACCAACAGAAGUUAGAUUUGGCACUAAGGAUGGAGUUUGGGGAAGACUUUCCUGGAACAGAUUAUCUCCCUGCCAACGAAGCAGGAGAUCUCAGGAAACCUGUGUGCUCUUCGAAAGUAGAUAAUCUUAUAAGAGCCAAUACAGAGUUACUAAAUCUACUUGUAGAAAAGUUCACAAAAACUACGGGUGUUUUGGUGAAGGGAAUGGUAAAGCAAAGUAAAUCUGGUGAGAUGCGUUUAACCAAGGCUGCCAGACACAGAAUUGAAACAUAUUAUGUCGAGAGAGUUUGGGGAGAGGGCUCAGAAUUUGUAGAAGAAUUGAUAUUGUGGAUACCUCCAGAUGCAAGACCUCCACCUUUUCCACCUCCAGCCUUAUUGUCACCUCUCCAGAUUUUUGAAUCACUUGGUGUCUUCAAGCAGUACUACACAAAAGGUUUAAUACCAGAAUGCUGUUAUGCAAGCUGUGAAAGUGUUGUAGACGAAUGCAGACACUUAGCAACUACCUCGUUUAUUGAUAGAAAUAUGGUCAGAGGUAUAGGCUCAUAUGGUCGCUCAAACCCUAUACCUUGUGAAUUGCCAGAUGGAAACUUUUCUACUGUUGGAGGUGAUGGUAUUGGAGAUGUUAUUCAGUUACUUGUUUGGGAGAUAAAUGAGAUUGAGAGGGCAGAAGUUGAAAAAGAACCCAAAGAUUGGCCAGUUGGGGAUGAGGAUGGCCUCUUGCUCAGACUCGGAGCUGUUGUAAGCGCUGCUCUUUCUUGGAUUAAUCUUCGAGCAGCUCCUCUUUUGCACACUUGGAAUACAGCUCCCUAUUACCUUCUAACUCAGGCAGAUUACCCAAGAAUGAUUGAAGAACUGAAGGGACUGAAAAUACAAGAGAGAGAUAACCUUAUUAAGACGGAUGACAUGGCACGUUUGUUUUAUGCUAUGUUGCGAGACAAGCUUGUCCUGAUCAUUCAGAAAGUGGUUGAUGAAGUUAAGGAAAGCGAAGAAGAAUCAGUUGAAGCCAUAAGCAAUGUUUGUCGAACUGUAAGUCUGGCACAGCUUCAGAAUUCCAUGCCUAAACCCAGAGUGUGGCGUGGUAUUGGUCGAAUACCUCAUGAACCUCAUUUUUAUGUGUAUGAAUACAUUGCUGCUGUGUUGGAACCUGUCCUAGAUGCUGUGUCAAAACUUGGUGUUGUUUUGCAACGUCGUGCUGGAUCAGCAAUUUUAAAGGUGGUCUGUUAUGCUUGGUUAGAACAUAUAAAAGCUCAAAAAAUAAAGUUUUCCCUAUGGGGUGCCCAGCAACUGUUGAAAGAUUUCCAUGCCUUGGCAGAAUGGUUACAAAAGUACCCUGGGUUAGCACCAGAAGCUCGAACACAGGUUUUGGCUGUAGAUGUUUUGAGAGAAUGUGAAGGAGUGGCAAGAUUACUUAUGAGACAACCGCCUUUGGUUAUUGGCUAUACCUCCCAAAAUCAAGUAGCACCCAUGGGUCCUAUCAGUGCUGGUCGCAAGCAUGAUAAGGAAGUCAAGCUUAGCCCAGAAAAUGAUGACAUUCCAGCUGAGAUGUAUGUCCCCAACCAACAGCUUUGGUUGUCACUGAGAGCUAGACCAGCAUCUUCGGUAUGUGUAAAGAUGGGCUCUUGUUGCUCAUGGCCUUACUGAUGUGUUCAGUUGGACUGUGUACAUGUAUUAUGGGUAUUUUGGUAACUUUGUAAUGACAUAGUAAUCCCAUUUUUCUGAACUGGUUUUGAGUCAGGGAGUUAGGGAAACAUUAGGUACUCUCUUCUGAAUGAUUA